ACCAUGUCAUCAACCAUUAUUCCAUCACUCACAACCUUUUUUUAAUGGAAAUGGUCAUCACUCACCACCACACCCAACAAUUUUCCCCCAACCAACAAUUUCCCUCACAACAAUCAAAACAAUCACGCAUUAAAAAUAUAACGUGUUUUAUGUUUGACGCGUGAUCCAUUGGAGUGGCGGUAGUGUUUUGUACAAGAGCACGUGUGAUAUAUGUUUAUCACGGAGCAAAAGUCUGUCACCUCGGGUGGCCUAAGAGUGGUUUUGUAAGUGGGCCUAUGUUGGUGUUUAUACGUGUAUACCCUAUUAAAAAAAUAUUUAACAUAUACAUAUCGGGUUUUUUUCAUAAAAAAACGUGCCCUUCGAAAUAUUAGCCCCUGGCCGGUGCUCCCCGCCCACCCCAAGGCCGGCCAUGUCAGUUUUAACCGAUUUAAGAGGUAACAAGUUAUUUUCUAGAAUGCUCACUGCUUCUUAAAUAUAUGUUAUUUCAAACAACUUUAAAGACUUAGAAACAAAAUAUAUUAAAGGGACGUUUUCAUGUAAGAAAGUGUAAAGAAAAGGGUGAAAGAUAAAAAUCCUAAAAAAGAAGAUAAAGAAGGCCGUGUUUGAAGUUGAUUAGAAUCCUUAAUUUAAAUUUCAAAUCAAAACCUUAAGAAAUUAAGGACAGAGGUUACUGUGAGAAAUCAGGGGAGGGGUUUCACAUAGAUCAACCUUCGUUUUCUUUACAGCAGGUUAAAAAAUGUCUCAAAAAGUUAAAGGAGCAGCGAUCGGUAUUGAUCUUGGAACAACGUACUCAUGUGCUGCUGUCUGGUUUGAUAGGAAAAAGCGAGUGGAGGUCAUACCUAAUGAACAGGGAAACAAUACCACCCCGUCUUUUGUAGCUUUCAAUGAUUCAGAGUUAUUGGUAGGAGAGGGUGCAAAAGACCAGAUUGCAAGGAACCCUACCAACACUCUGUUUGAUGUUAAGCGUUUGAUAGGGAGCAGAUUCCAUGAUCCUCAGGUGCAAAAGGACAUGAAGUCAUGGCCUUUCAAGAUCAUUGAAGGGCCUGCAGAGAAGCCAACGGUUGUAGUCGAGUUGAAUGGUGAAGAGAAGAAAUAUGCCCCUGAAGAGUUAUCAGCCAUGGUUCUGAAGAAGUUGAAAGAGUGUGCCGAAGCAUUUAUUGGAAGAGAGGUAACAGAUGCUGUGAUAACUGUUCCUGCUUAUUUUAAUAACAAUCAAAGAGAGGCAACAAAGGAAGCGGGAACCCUUGCAGGCCUUAAUGUGUUGCGACUGAUAAAUGAGCCUACUGCAGCUGCAAUUGCUUAUGGUUUGGACCAUAUGGCUGACCAAACAUGGCAUAAUGAUAAAAACGUUUUGGUCUUUGAUUUGGGCGGUGGUACCUUUGACGUGUCGCUUUUGAAAAUCAGUAAAACGGGAGUGAUUGAUGUGAAAGCGGUCGGGGGUGAUACUCAUUUAGGUGGUGAGGAUUUUGAUAGGACACUCGUUAAUUACUGCGUAAAUGAAUUUAAGAAAAAACACAGGGAGGAUCUAAGAAGAAAUCCAAGAGCAAUGGGGAGGCUGAAGGUUGCUUGUGAGAAAGCGAAGAGGGACUUGUCGUCAUCUAUUUUUGCUCCAGUUGAAAUUGAUUGCUUGUAUGAGGGGAUUGACUUUUCCAUUAAAGUCAGUCGAGCCAAAUUCGAGGAACUAAAUGCAAGUUAUUUUGAGAAAUGCAUUAAACUGGUGGAAAAAUGUUUGUUUGAUGGGGAGAUAAAGAAGAAGGAUGUGGAUGAGGUGGUGGUUGUUGGCGGGUCCACUAGGAUUCCAAAGGUACGACGACUGGUGGAAGAGUUUUUCGAUGGGAAGACAGUUUGCAAGAACAUGAAUGGUGAUGAGGCUGUUGCAUUCGGUGCUGCACUCUUGGCUUCAAGGUUAAGUGGAAAUAACGAUAAUGAUAAUGAUAAUGUGGUCUCGGAUAUUGUGUUACAGGAUGUCACUCCUCUUUCGUUAGGAGUAGAAAUCGCGAUAAAAGGAGUGCAUGGUAACAUGUCCGUAGUUAUUCCCAGGAAUACAUCCAUACCCACAUGCAAGAAAGGAAUAUAUCAUUCACUGAUCUACGAAACACAUGCAUGUAUCUCGGUGUAUCAAGGUGAGAGCAACAAAGUUAAGGAAAACAUAUUACUUGGCAGGUUCGAGCUUUGUGACCUUACGCUAGGUUCCAAUGGAAUGUCAAAACUAGAGGUUUGCUUCAACAUUGAUGUCGAUGGAAUCCUUCUAGUCUCUGCAGAGGAAACAUCCACAGGUCAAAGAAAAUCAAUUACAAUUGCUAAGAUCUGAAAUUUGGGGUUUUGAAAAUUAAAGGUUCCACUCACUUAGGGGGUUUUGCUUUUGUUAUGAAAUGCUACAUCCAUAUGUAAAGUGAACAACUUAUUUCGCAUGUUCUAACAAUUAUGUGUUUAUUGAUGUGUCGUUUUGUAAUAGCUUUA